UGACAUAAAGGGAGCUGCUUUUUCUCCUCUUCCUCCCCACUGCACUGAACGCGUUUGAGACAGCCCUGUCGGUUUAAACCGGGAGGACACCCAUACCGACUUCUCAAUGCAAAAAAUAAAAGGGUAGCUAGAAGCAGGGGCGAGGGGAACGGAGGUAAAGCGAACGCUCACGGUCUGUCUCUCUCUCUCUCUCUCGCUCUCGUUUUUAUUACGUGAAUGAAUGAAUUGAGUAGUAAGGAACAAAUACAAGGAAACACGCCUCCGCCUGGACGACCAAACGCGUUUGAUAUUUGACUUGUGUUCAAUGGUAGGUGUUUGCAUCUGUACAUUUUCGGCGAAAACCACAGUAGGACGUCUCAUCCCGUCAUUUGAAACACUUCAGAAGGCGUAGCAGCUGAAAGUCCUCGCGGUGAACAUGGCAACUUUAACGAACGGACAGGUGGACGCCGCGGUCCAUGGAGGAGCGGCCAGUACGAACGGGCUCGUGAACGGAAUAAGCCACACUCACAGUCCCGCGAGCUGCGCCACCAUUCCCAUGAAGGACCACGAUGCCAUCAAACUAUUCAUCGGACAGAUACCCCGCAACCUGGACGAGAAGGACCUCCGGCCGCUCUUCGAGGAAUUUGGCAAGAUCUACGAGCUCACCGUCCUGAAAGACCGCUUCACUGGCAUGCACAAAGGCUGUGCCUUCCUCACAUACUGUGCAAGAGAAUCGGCGCUAAAAGCUCAGACCGCGCUUCACGAGCAGAAGACGCUACCUGGGAUGAACAGGCCAAUCCAGGUGAAGCCAGCUGACAGUGAGAGCAGGGGAGAAGACAGAAAACUUUUUGUUGGCAUGCUGAAUAAGCAGCAAUGUGAGGACGACGUGCGGCGCCUUUUUGAGUCCUUCGGAUGCAUUGAGGAGUGCACCAUCCUCAGAGGUCCUGACGGAAACAGCAAAGGAUGUGCGUUUGUGAAGUAUUCCACUCAUGCAGAAGCUCAGGCCGCUAUUAGUGCUUUACACGGCAGCCAGACUAUGCCUGGUGCUUCUUCCAGCCUGGUGGUGAAGUUUGCAGACACAGAUAAGGAACGGACCAUUCGACGCAUGCAGCAGAUGGCCGGUCAGAUGGGCAUCUUCAAUCCGAUGGCCCUGCAGUUUGGAGCGUACGGUGCCUAUGCACAGGUUCAGCAGCAGGCAGCGCUGAUGGCAUCAGUGGGUCAGGGAGGAUAUCUCAGCCCUAUGGCAGCUUUUGCUGCCGCACAGAUGCAACACAUGGCCACCAUCAACGGCCUCCCUGGGGCUCCCAUGACCCCAACAUCAGGUGGAAGCACGCCCCCUGGCAUCACGGCUCCCACGGUGACCAGCAUCCCAUCUCCAAUCAGUGUGAACGGUUUCACAGGGCUGCCUCCUCCUCAGGCCAACGGACAGGCCCCAGCGGAGGCCAUGUUCACCAAUGGAAUCCAUCCUUACCCAGUUUUGCAGGAAGUGGUGUUUAGGGAAGACUCGGAGAAGGGCGGCCUUGGCGUGGCACAGAGAAGUUGUUUUGGGGUUCAGGGAAGCUGCUUCCUGUCGUCUCUCUCAGAAGGUAUAGAACUCCCUCAAACGUUAGUGUCGUAUUACUGUGUGUGUUUGGUGUGUGUGUGUGUGUGCAUAGUUUACGGUAGACAGGCAAUGAAAGACGUGAGUAGUUUCUUCAUGUUUGUUUGGUGUCGUCAGCUUUGUAGAGUGACUUGUUAUUCUUGUUGUUGUUGUAGUGUGGCUAUAGUUAUAUGUGCAUGUUUGUAUUUGGCAGACACUUUCAUUUAAUGUGACUCACUCACAGGCACGGUGGUGUUAGCUCACACCUUCUGGACUUCAGUCCUACAACCUUUUAAUUACCAGCCCAGUACUUGAGCCACUGGACUACACAACAACCCCCAUUGAGCUUUGUUCCCUUUAAAGGGAUAGUUCAUAAUUGCUAAUUAUAUCAUUGUUUUCUCACCAUCAUGUUAUUCGCGCAUUUUUAUACAAAAAGGCCAUAUCUAAAAUAAAA